AUGUCUGCACACAUCCAGAAGGCACACAUCGACCCAUUAUUUUUGUCUUCUGGUCAGCUUUUCGCUAUGGCUCCUCCCUUUCAUGCCGAACAGAUUGGGUCUCUUAUGAGACCACAAGAGCUCUUAGCUAUUCGCUCCACUGCAGGGUUGUCAGAUACUUACUCUCGAAUAACCAACGAGGUUCAAAAGGGGACAAAGGCAGCGAUUGCAGAAGUCGUUGCAAAGCAACUCGAACUCGGAAUCCGACCCAUCACGUCAGGGGAGUAUGAGCGAGACAAAUUCUAUUCAGGAUUUUUUGAAACCCUUGAUGGCAUGCAGGUAUUCAAAACUAUUCCUGUCCCCGAAGGAUUCAGAACCAAUUUUCCAACGAUCAAAAUACUGCAAUCCCAAGGCAUCAAAACUCGCGACUCUGUCGUCGCAGUGGAUCGCAUUCGACGCACCCGUAGUGCCUACAUGUCAGAGUGGCGGUCCUUGCGUUGCUUGAUUCCACAUGAUAAGUGGCGAGAGUGCAAAUUGACGAUGCCACCAAUUACCCAUAAUCAUAUGCAGAUGGCCGUUGGCACAGCAUAUAGCCCGUCUGUGUAUAAUACCAAUCGAGAGUAUUUCCAAGAGCUUGCUAAGGCGUAUCAGGAAGAGUUUAAGGAGCUCUAUGACGCUGGUCUACGAUCCAUACAGAUUGAUGACCCUAACAUGUUGUUUUUCGUGACAGAUGAAUUUCGUUCUGGCUGUGUGGCCGAUGGGAUCAACCCCGACGAAUUGCUCGAUGAAUACAUAUGGGCCCACAACCAAUGUCUGGCUGGAAAGCCCGAUGAUCUACAUGUGGGAUUGCAUCUCUGUCGAGGCAACAUGAGUGAUUCGACACACAUUAUAAGUGGAUCUUAUGAGCGCAUUGCUAGGAAAAUCUUUACCGAAUUGGCAUACAAUACAUACUAUCUCGAGUAUGACACGGAGCGGGCGGGCGACUUUGAGCCCCUGCGCCACUUGCCAAUUGGUAAGAAUGUGGUUUUGGGUGUAGUGUCUACAAAGUCGCCAGAGCUAGAAGACUUGGACGAGCUUGUUAAUCAAGUACACGUUGCGGCCGAGACUAUCGCACGUAGCCAAGGGAGGAGCGUGGAAGAAGUUAUUGAGACGUCGCUUGGAGUCAGUCCUCAAUGUGGCUUCGCUAGCAUGAGUCUAGGAGGAGGACGCGGUAUGACGAUCGAAAGGAUGUGGGAGAAACUGCUCUUGGUCAAGGAAUUAGCUGAACGAAUCUGGAAUUGA